CAGUCGAAGUCUCCUCUCCGACGCUGGGAGUGCGCACACCGCCUGAACCUGCGGACUUUUCUGCGCAGGUUUACUGGCUGACCUUCAGUGGACGACUUCCAGCUGGUGUCCUCCGUCUCGAAACAAACACCACCGCCCCUCCACCCCAUCACGACCUGUGGAGACUGAAGCUGCGGGACUGGUCUGGACACUUUGUUGGCCAUCAUGAGCAGGCAAACGGUCAACCUUGACACCUACAGCCUGUCGCUGCUCACCGCCAAAGAGGACAUCCUCAACCCUCGGUCCUCCACCAACUGGGCAUUAUUUACAUAUGACGGCCUUACCAACAAGCUCAAACUGGCUGACUCAGGAGCAGGCAAUGUGACAGAGCUGGCAGGGAAGUUUCACAGCUCAAAGCCUCAGUAUGGACUGUUUAAAGUGGGCAGUUUAGAGGGAGGAGCGCCUCAGAUCGUGUUGAUAAGCUGGAUCGGACAAGAUGUGGAGGACUACCGGAGACAAGAAUGCGCCAGUCACAUUCCAGCCAUCAAAAACUUUUUUAAGGAAGCACAUGCUUUCGUUAGUGCAGAAAGACUGGAGGAUGUGACAGAAGAGAAGAUAAGAGCUGAGCUCAGCAAAGCCCAAACCCAUGCUCCUUCACAGUGGGUGAGGAGGAGCUCUCGGUCUGCAGACAAGGAGGAAAUAGUGGGAACGAACUACAGAAAAACUAAUGCUGCAAUGGAAAUGAGAUUUAUAAACAGGGACUCGUUUUGGGCAUGUGCAGAGCGUGAAGAGGAAGAAAGGAAAGAAGAGGAGAGAAGAAGAGCGACGGAGGAGCGCCGUCGCCUCGAAAGGGAAAGAGUUCUGAAGGAGCGAAGAGACGAGGAGGAGAGAGACAGAAAAAUGAAUGAGAAACUACAGAUGAUCGAGGAGCAGAGAAGAAAACAGAAAGAACAAGAAGAAGAGCUGCGCAAAAAGGAGAAAUUAAGAUGGGAGCGGCAGCAAAGCGAGCACGAAGAUGAAAUGAGGGCUCGACUUCGGAGAAGUGAGUCCAUAGAGAAAGCAGCAGAAGCAGCAGCUUUAGUGUCCCAACGCUCCAUGAACCCGAGGGAGUUCUUCAGGCAGCUCUCAUCUUCUUCACAAAGUCCCACGAGUCCUGGAUCUUCUCGCACUGGAAAACCGUUCAGACGAUAUCAGCGCAGUCUCACGGACACAGCCUUCAUCUUCUCUAAAGCAGAGGAGAGUGCAGCAACCUCUCCACGAAGUUCUCCCCUGGUCUCCCCCUUCUUGAGGGCGCCUCCAUCCCCCAUUUUCCAGGCCACUUCUCCCCCUGAGAGCCCUGUUUUUCAUCCUCUUAGCUCGCCGCAAAGACCCCGAGCCCCUACGUCACCAGCCACAUCACCCAUUCGUCCUGCACCUCCCUCAGCCCUGCCCAGCAUCCCUCAGACUAAUAACCAAGCUGCAGCUGAGCCCACAGAACCCUCAGCACCCCCAACCUCGCCCAGUCUCCUGGCUUCUUUAACCCCCAGCCUAAUAAGUGACAACCCCUCUCAGUUGCAUUUGGAGGCCGAGGCAACCUCAGCACCAAACAUCCCAGCGCAGACAGACUGGACGUUGAACUUUGAGCCUGGUCUUCCUCCACAGGUUCUGGCAGAUCCUAUUCCCGAGUGUCCGGAGCUGAACACAGACCUCAGCGCAGCGAGUCAAGUGCACAUGAUGCAGAUGUUGGACACUGGCUUUAAAGUUCAAGCUGUUCUCGUGGAGGCAGAUGAGGAAGAGGAUGUGGAAGAAUGUGAUGAAGAUAAGCCUGAAACCCAGCCGGAGCUGUGUGCUGCUGCAGCAGCAACAGCUCCGGCUGAGGCGCAGGAGGUAGAGGAGGAGGAAAGAGAGGAGGCCAAGGAAGAGGAAGAACAGGAGGAGGAUCAAGAUGAGGAGGAUAAGGAAGAAGAGGAGGAGAUGGGAUCAGAAGAGGAAGCCGACCCUGCGUUGGUGGAGGGUCUAGAAACGCCACAGGAUGAAGAGAAGUCAGAGGAAGAUGUAGAGAUUGAACAUUCAGGAGACAUCCAGCCCCCUGCGGAGCCUGCUGAGGUUUCAGAGGACGAGGAGGAACCUUCACUCCCAGAUGAUGAGCCCAUUUGUCAAGAGAUUAAACAUGAGACUGUAAUCUUGUCGGCCAACGGGAUCACAAAUGGUGCAGGCUCAGAGGAGCACAAUGGCACAGUGAGAUCUUUAAGUCCUUCUGACACAGAGGGCAGCACGUCCGAGCUGACAAUCUGCUACAGCACUGCAGGACACGAUGACAUCAUUGAGAACAUGAAGCAGGAAAUCUCAGAAAAUGGACAAGAGGAUUCAGCUGAGCAGCACAUGUGCGUCCGAGCGCUGUACGACUACCAGGCAGAGGACGAAACCGAGAUCUCCUUUGAACCAGGUGACAUCAUCAGGGAUGUGGAGACAGUGGACAAAGCCUGGUGGAGAGGGUGGAGCAAGGACGGUCAACAAGGCUUGUUCCCCGCCAAUUAUGUGGAGACCAUAUAGGCAGACCGAGGCACAUUGUACACACACACACACACACACACACAUGCUCAGGGACACCUUCUUGCAUCUUGUUUCAGCAUGUUUUUAUCUUAAUCCACCCACUGAAAUGUUAUACUUUCUCUAUAGUUGGAAGAAUAAAGACGCAUGCAACUCCUUGUUUUGAAGAAAGAAUAAAGAAAAGUGUGUCUCUCAAUUUUGAUUUUUUUUUUUAAUAUAUGUUUUUUAGAAAACACAAGCAUGUAGAUUUCACCCAGCCUCAUUUUUGUUGAAACAAUCGCAAAGCCUUUUUUUUUUUGUGUGUCUUCCCUGGACCAAAAUAACUUAUUUUCUUUUAAGAUAGUGUGGAAAUGUUGGUGGGGGGAGAUCACAACAUCAAAUGAUCACAAACUUGCCUUUUUUUUCCUGAGUAACAAACGGAAAGUUCAUUAUUUUUUUAUUUUUUUUAAUCCACUCAUGCUAUAAGCAUAACUCUGCCCACCAUUUGUCUCCAUAUACCAGGUAUCAUCUUGUAAUCAUCUUUGUAUGUUCUGCAUAAUUCUGUAGCUCUAAUAAUUUGUUUCCAGAACAGUAAAAUCACCCAAACCAGAACUUAAGCAUCAAACAUUAUAUAUAAAAUAAAUUAAUUAAUUAAAAAAAAAAAUGUGGAAAGUGGUGUUAAAUUUAACAUUCGUAUAUUUCUACAUUUUGGGUGGGUUGUAUUGUGUUCAUAUGUCUUUACAUUUAUUUUAUUAUUAUUUUACCUUAUUUGCAAGUUUGUUUUUUAACAUUUUAUUGUAUUUUUUCUGAUAAUCCUGCAGUUUUAGCAAUCUUCAACAUCAUUAAAACACUAAACUGUAUAAAAUAAUGUAUAAAAAAAUAC